AUGGCGUAUCAUGUUAACGCGUCGUCUUGGGAUAUUGAGAUGCAUCGGUAUCUGUUGAGCUUGUCGUCGAAAAAGCAAGCUCGGCUGGCGUUACGAGUGCCGAUGCCGUAUGACGGGGCGACGUAUAGCGACGGUGAUAACCAGUUACUCCAGUACUUUCAAUGUACUGCCUCCCAAGCCCUGCCGAUUCUCGGCCACGAUCCAGUGACGCUGGGCGAGACGCUCAUGCGCCUGGCUCUCUCGACAACAUCCCAUUCCGCCACUGCGAUACGGCGAGGUAUACUAGGGCUAUCCUCACUGCACCGCUACGGUAUGCACAGAAAGGCCUUUGAGUUCAAAAUUGCAGCAAUCGAAUCCCUCGCCGCCGCAUCAAGCGGGACCAUCAGCGGCAUCGAAGCAAUGCAGCACGUUGCCGCGGGGAUGCUGCUCUGCUCGUUUGAAAUACACAAAGCAUCCUGCACUUCAGGGCAGUGGCGAUGGUACAUCACCGGCGCGAAGAGCAUUAUCCGGGCAUCGUCUCUGUCCCAGUUCAAACCCGACGCCGACUUCAACAUCUUGCUCGACUGGGUGCAUUACCAUGAUGCGCUGUCGCGGCUUAGUUCGCUGCACUGGUGUCCCCUGCCAAAGGGCCUGGAGCCUCUAUCUGAUAAUACGACGCCUGAAGAAGAGUGUAGAUUCGACGAGAGUGAGGAUAUCCCCAUCUCGCCGGCUAUUGAGCCGCCCACUUCGUCGACUGCGAAUUCCCUCCAGGUUAUCCUUGCGGAGGCUUGCGAUGUGUUGGCUGCGAAGCGGCAUUCCGACCAGAAGAAGUAUUACAGUUUUAUGCACGACCUCAGCUGGAGACUUGCUUCUCUCUCUGGUUCUGUUGCAGCAGAUCCUGUCCUUGAGCUCUUCUAUAUAGCUAUGGUUGUCUACCUCAACCGCGCCACAGGGAAUCUACUGGAGCCGGAAACAAAAACCCAACAGCGGAUAUCGCGCGCGUUUACGAUGUUAGCGUCUAUGAAGCUAUGCGAGCGUCAAUUCCCGUUGUUUAUCUUGGGAUGUGAGGCACGGACAGAUGAGGACCGGCGCAUGGUGCUUGAUCUUGUUGACCGGACGGAUCAGGCUGUUUCUUCGCGCUGGAUGUUCCUUACCCGGGCGUUUAUUAAGAAGGUCUGGGUGCAGGAUGACCUUGCGGAUGGGGAGUUGGAUUAUAUGGAUAAGCUGAGUGCGAUUAUGAGUACGUGUAAGAUUCUGCCUCCGCUUGUUUGA